CCAUCAUCAAUCAUCCAAGAAUCUAUCAUCGAAAAUCAAGAAGGAAUCUGUCCUCAUGGUCCUUCUUGACCAAAACUCCUUAGCUUUUAGGGUUGGAAAGAAUGUGAUUCAAAUCGAAAAUAUCAUCUAUCAUCUCAAAGCCAAUUCAAAACACUUCUAAUUCCAAUUCGACUUCAUCUCCUCAAUCCAAUCAAUCUCAUCCUACUCAUUCAACUCUCGAUCUUCAUCACUCCAACUCUUCAAAUCAUCAACAAGACAAACUGAAUCGCAACUCAAGUCUCUCUCAUCCUACUCCAUCUCAAGCUUUUCUCAAUCUCAAUUUGACUUCUGCCUCAUCUUCAAUCACAACAAAUCGUGAUCAGGAUCCUGCCGAUUCCUCAACCCAAUCCGAUUUCCUAGAAACUCCAUUACCUUUGUCUACAUCCGAUCAAGAAAAUCUCGAUCACUGUGAUCCAUACACUGGAACUGGUACAGAUCAAGAUCCACUCAACACACUCUCAUCUCGUACCAACUAUGCAUCUUUUGAUUGUUCAGCUUCGAUUCAUCAAUCAUCGAAAUCAUCUAAAUCAGCUUCUUCUAUUCUAAACGAGAAGAAAGAUAAAUAUAUGCUCACACCUUGUCGAGCUCCCAAUCAAUCUAAGAAGAAUAAAUCAAAUCGAUCAUCUACUCAUCCAACUCAUUCAGAUUCAAACUUUGUGAUCUUUGAACUUGGUGAUGAGAUUGAAAUCGAUCAUGUCGUAUUGGCUAAUUAUGAAUUCUUUAGUUCAAUGUAUAAGCUCAUCAGAAUCACUGUUUCUAAUAGUGGACUGGGAGGUGCUGGUGGGAUUAAAUGGGUAGAGGUGGGACGAUUCAAAACUAGGAAUGUAAGAGGAAUUCAGGUAUUUCCAAUUAAACAUCUCAAGGGAUUUUACAGAUAUGUUCGCUUAGAUUUCUUGUCCCAUUAUGGUUCCAAAUAUUUUUGUCCUCUCUCCUUGGUGAGAAUCUAUGGUCUCACUCAGAUUGAUGCGUAUGGUCGUGAUGAAGAACUCGAAAGAAGAAGGCAAUUGGAACUUAAAGAAUUUGAAGAUGAUUUACAAGAUCAUGAGAAAACAUGCUAAACAAAAAAAGGUUGGAAUGGUUUUACAAUGAUGUUUUUUUUCUUGUUUUGGAACAAGUUUUAUAUUAAGAGUUGUUAGUUUCCAUAACAAAUGUGAUAUGAGUUGUACAAGUAACCAAAAACAAAUGCCCGUGGUCAGUUU